AUCUCUGUUUCUUUCCUCUCUCUCUGCCAUUUCUGAUUUGCUUCCCAAUUCCUGCAGCACUGCGGACCAAAGUGCAGAACAAGAAGACCUUUCGCAGGCCAUCAGAUUUUCAGUCUCGUCCUUUCCCAGACAGUAUUAGUAGUAGAACUAUAUAUAUAUAUAUAAAAAGCAUUUUGUUUUUGCAUACAUACAGAAGAGAAAGAAGAAACUAGUGUUAACUAAACAUGCCUAGCAGCUUGGAGCCCUUGGAUGUUGGCGUACAGAUUCCAUACCAUUUCAGGUGUCCGAUCUCCCUUGAGCUCAUGCGUGACCCGGUCACCCUCACCACAGGCCAAACCUACGACCGAUCAAGCAUCGAGUCAUGGGUUGCAACCGGCAACACAACCUGUCCGGUCACCCGCUCCCUUCUACCUGACUUAUCUCUCAUCCCUAACCACACUCUCCGCCGCCUUAUUCAAGAAUGGUGCGUCGCCAACGUCUCCUCUGGCGUCCAGCGAAUCCCAACUCCAAAACAACCAGCCACCCCCCUCACCGUCCAGACCAUUCUCACUCAGCUAUCAUCCGACUCCUUCUCGCUGCAAUCGCGAAUCUCAGCUAUCCGACAACUCAGGACGCUGGCUUGCGACUGCGACAAGAAUCGAUCGCUAAUAGCAUCUCUUAAAGCAAGCGAAAUUCUCCUCCGAAUCCUCUUUGAAUCUUCCGAGCUCAGUUAUGAAUCGCUGGCGACACUACCCUUGUUUUCGCUCUCUGAAUCGGAGUGCCUAUCUGUAUCCUCGGAUGCCAACCGGAUAACGUACCUCGUCUCCUUCCUAUCCCAUUCGUCGCUCGAUGUGCGAGUCAACUCGGCGGCCCUCAUCGAGUCCGUGUUUUCCGGCACGAGGUCACCGGAGCUCCGAUCUCAGUUCAGCAAUACCGAAGGCAUCUACGAAGGUAUAAUCGGGAUACUUAAAUGUCCUCUGGCGUAUCCUCGAGCUCUGAAAUUCGGUAUCAAGGCAUUAUUCUCCUUGUGUCUGAAUAAACAACACCGGCACAAAGCGGUGGACGGCGGAGCGGUGGAGACGUUGAUCGAUCGACUGACUGAAUUAGAGAAAUGUGAUUCAGAGAGGGCGUUAGCGACGGUGGAGCUACUCUGUCGUCUACCGGUUGGUUGCGCGGCGUUUGCGGAUCACGCUCUGACUGUUCCGCUUCUGGUGAAAAUAAUUCUGAAAAUCUCUGAUCGAGCCACUGAGUAUGCGGCUGGAGCUCUGCUUUCGGUGUGCUCUUCGUCGGAGCGGUGCCAGAAAGAUGCUGUGACGGCGGGCGUGUUGACACAGUUGCUGCUUCUUGUGCAGAGCGAUUGCACGCAACGAGCAAAGCGGAAGGCGCAGAUGCUGUUGAAGCUUCUCAGGGAUUCAUGGCCGGAGGAUCGACUAUCCAACAACAACACCACCGAUGAUGUAGUUUGCAGCCAAGUCUUUCCAUUCUAAUUUUUUUUGUUUUCAAUUAAUUAAUCUACUUCUUUUUUUUUGUUUCAUUUUAGUAAUUUGAGAUGAAAUAGAUGAAAAAAAAAGAAAGGGCAUAUUAUUAGGAUUAUUAUUAUUGGUGGUAGAGAAGAUUGAAUCUGUGUAUGUAUGGAUAUGUAUCUUGUACCUAUCAGAUUUAUAUUAUUAAAAUGUUUUUUUUUUCUUCAAAAUUUGAAUAUAUU